AUGUCUUCGCUCAUGAGAGUGGUGGCCUCGUUUCCAUCGACCUCGCUGAAGCCCCUGUGGACCACCACUUGGAAAGGAGACAAGAAGAGCAAGGGCUUGGGCGAGGUGUUGCGGGAUGUUGCGGGGGGGAGCAGCGGCGAGAUUGCUUGGCACCACUCCGCUCGAAUUCUGGCGGCUCUUUUGCCUUGCUUUUGCCUACCGCCAGCGGAACCGCACCCCUUGCUUAGAGAUGCCGGCCUCAACCUUGGCGAAGAACUUCCCCUGCUCCUCUCAAUCCUGGAAACCCUCAUGGAGGCGUUUCCCUCCCCGAUCCCCGAGGACGCGGCUUCCGCGGUAGACGCCGCGGCUCCGCUGCUGCUGCCGCCGUCCUCCUCCUCGAGCAGGGGGGCGGAAGAGGAAAACUGCUGUGCCGACGUUCGGCUGGAGGUCUUGCCGACGUCCGGCCUGAUCGCUAACGCGUGGUGCGGCUUGGCCUUCUGGGCGAUGGAACAGGCUGCUGCUGCUGGCUUGGAUGUGCAAGGGACCGGGAAAGGAAAGUCUGGUCCUGCUGAUGCUGGCGAGUCUGCUUCAGACAACCAAGAUGGUAGCGGGAAGGGGCAUGGAAAUACCGCCGCCGCCGCUAGAGACUGCCGGAAGGAGGGCAGCGGCCCCAGUAGCUCGUCGGCGGCUCCUCCCAAAGAAAACGAGGCUUCGGAGGCCGGCCGGCCCUUGCAGGUGCUCUUGGAGUGGUUGCUUGGGGUGAGAGCAAGGCCUUCGACAGGGACUGGUGCCAAGGUCACGACGGUCACCGAAAAGGCCGUCCCGGGCGGCAGCACAGCGGAGGGGAGGGGAAAGGCUGCUGCGAACCCCGCUUCAUCUCCGACUACCGACCGCUUGGCCAGGUGGAAGGUGGCACUCCUUGCUGCUCUGAUCCGGGGACUGUCGAGACGGCUGGACGUUCAGAACGCUGAGACGGAAGCGGGAGCAGAUGAUGCCGACGCGAAGCUGCCCGAACGGGCUUGGCUCGACGCGCCCGUGGACUCGUCUUCUGUCUUUGAUGGCUGGUCGUGUGCCGGUGAUUGUCCGGCUUGCGCCGAGUGUUUGCCGGCGGGGGGCGUCAUCCGUCAGUCCAUCUCGAGGAAGUGGCUCAAGAGUGAGACGCCCCUGUGGUUGGUGCUCCUUACCGGGGUGCUGCGGGGGAGGUGCGGCUUGGAAUACCGAUGCCUAGACGGCAGCGGCGGUGGUGGAAGCGGCGGCGAGUCGCGUGUUGUGCGAGAGGCUUGCCACAAGGGAAACCCCCGGCAUGAACCAGGCGUUGCUACCGACGGCACCCGCGGUGGCGGCGGAAGCGCUUGCCAAUUCUCGCCCGUGUUUCUAUCGCAAUCGUUCUUGGGCGGAGCGCUCUCGUUGUCGCCGGGCGGCUGGCCUGCACAGCUUCUCGCGUCCCUGCUGACAGGCGUGCGCUCGGCGAAGGGGAGAACGCAGGAGGAAGAGGAUUUAGCGUUGGUGGUGGCAGGCCGCGUGUGGCGUGCCGAGGCUGCUCGGAACCUAGCGGAGUGGAAUCGUUGCCUGCCGUUGUCUACCGACUCGUAUGUUGGUGCCGCGGGCGCGGGUUUCGAUGGUGGCGCGCAGGGCGUGACGCUGGGGGGGGACCGUUACAGAGGCGGCCCGGUCGCUCCACACGCAAGAACCGUCGGCAUAUCGGUAUCAGGCGCGGACGUGCAGCAGAAGCAGCAGCAGCGGCAGCCGAGCGAGAACCUGCGAACCGCUACCGCCAACACGUUGAGGUUCUUGCUCCACGCGGCCUGCUCCUUGUUUUCCCGCCCGCCGGAGAGGAACACGCGGAGCCAAUCGAAGGAGUCGGAAGGCGCGGCAGGACAGGCAUGCGAUCCGGGAAACAGGACCGUGGUUAGCACCGGCGUCCAGAACGAGGCUCGCGAGGCGGUGGGGGUAGCAGAACACGACGGCAACCUCCGAGGGGAGGAUUCACGCGGCUGGUCGCAGGGCGGCAAGAGAUCGGCGGCCGUGGAGUCGGUUUUUGGCGCGGAGACGGCGAGGCUCUGGCUUGGGCUUUUCGAGGCGAGGAGAAACUCGCCCGCCCAGCCGAAGGGAUUCUCGAAACUGGUCAAGGCACUCGCAAAAGAUUGCGGAAACUGUGCUUUCGUCGUGUCGGGGGGGCCGUUGGGUGGAGGCAAGGGGGGAGCGGGGGAGGAGGGUUCUUCCGCGGCGCCGCCUCCGGCGGUUUGGGGGCUCGAUUUCAGCCAGACACAGCCUCCGUCGCAGCAGCAGCAGCAGCAGCCGCGAACGGGUCAGCGGGAACCGGGCGACUUUGCUUCCUCGACGCAAGGAGACAAGACAGCCGGGGCCGCGGCAACGCGCUACGACAAGUGCAGCAACACCGACCACCCAGAAGGCAAGAAGCAAAACGGCGGCGGUGACACGCUUGCCCCCCCGCCGCCUUUCGUUGCCCUCCCCGUGCUGGCGGCGGCGGCGCUGGCGCUCUUGACGGCCGCUCCCGCGGAAGCCGACGCGAAGGCGAAGGGCCGGGCGUGGAAGGCCGGGUCCGCUACGCUCGCCUGGACCCUCACAGCAGCGGCCGCCGCCCCCGCCACUACUACCCGGUCACCGCCGGCAUCGCCGUCAACAACCCAGCGGUCAUCGGCAGCAGCGGCGGCGGCGGUGGCAGGGGUAGCAGCAGGAGAGGAAGGGGCAACCAUCCCCGCUGAGGUUUGUCAAUGCCUCGGCGCCGUGCGCUCGUGCUUGACGGUGGCGGUGGCGGCGGCGGCUGACUCCGCGGGAGGGGGGCCGAACCGAUCAUCAUCGUCGGGGACGGCCGGCUUCCCUCUAGACAGGGAUUCGCUCGCGCCGGUGUGUCGGCUCUUGGCCGUUGCGGUCAGAACCUCGUAUGCCACCGCUGGUGGUGCUGCUGCAGCUGCUGAUGCAGGCCCGGAGCCUUCUCCCGGAAGCCUGAUCCAAGCUGCUCCUUCCUCUUCCACCGCCGUGGGGAUCGAGGUCGUGGCUGCGGACCCUGCGGUGCGCCCCGAGAUUCGAGGCCUGGUGGCGUGCGCGCUGUCGGCCAGCAGGAAGGUGGCGGCGUCGCCGGGACUGCUGACCGCCCUGAGCCCCUUGCUAGAGGCAGUGCUGGACGUGUCUAGUUCAAGCUGCGACGCAGACAGCUUGCAGUCAUCUCUCCUGGACGUGUGGAACGCUACCUUCGGAAAGAUCAACCUGAAACAGCCGCCUGCGCCGGCAUGGAAAGCCGCGUUCAGCCCGUCCUUGCUCCGGCGCCUAUCGGACCUAUCCCAGCGAGCAGAGGUCGAAAUGCCCCGCGGCAUCACUCUCCCAGUGCUCGACACCGUAGCAGCACCACCAACAGCAACAACGGCCCAGGGGCUCCGGGGUUCGGGCUUGUCGGAAGGUAACAAAGGAGCCGAAGGGGGAGGCAUCGCGGUGGAGGAGUCCGCGCGGGGCGGCAGUGAAGCACGAGAUUAUUCGCAGCCGGAGUCGGCAGCCGUGGGAGAUUUGCGGGCGGCGGCGGCGGGGGGUGGGGGGGCGCGAGGCCGCGCUUCGUCUGGUUGUGCUUGGAACGGCGGCGUGGCGGGAGCUCUCCCAGCAAAGGGGGGCCGGCGGUCCUUCAUGAAGCAAGCCUCUAGGAGCCCCUCGCCAAGCCAAAGCCACCCUGUGGCCACCCCCAAGAAGAGAUCGCCAUCUCCGACAUCUCCUGACGGUGGUGGCUUUUCGGGAAAGUUUAUCCGUGUUGUCGGGAACGGUCGGGGGAGCGGCGGCAACAGGGGUACCCCGAAGAGGAGGGCCGCCGUCACGACGCACACCUCGCUCGACGGCUCUCAGUCGAUCGCCCCCUGGGAGGACGGCUCUCAGCUGCCUGACACCAACCCCGACUCAGGGCCAGAUCUUCCGCUAGAGGAAGUGCUACCGCCGCCGCCGCCGAGAAGCGGGGUGACCGCCACCACCGCACCCCAAGCACCUUCAACGUCGACGUCACCGGCUACGACCGAAACCACAUCCCCGGGCAGCGCUGCGUCUCCGAGCAAGCGCAGCAUGGAGGAUACGGGUUCUGAAACCGUGGACCCCAGCAAGACCUCGCCUCCCUCGGGAACAGCGGCACCGGAUGCGGGGGUGUCCCCACCCGGUAGCAGCAGCAGCGCCUCCGAUCGACGGGUUCGUCCACGGAUCAUGACCUCUGCGAGCGUCGGCGGAGCUUCUGGCGGUCGCGACGAUGCUGAUGGUUUCGGGCAUGACCAGGGAGGAGAUGAUACGGUCAUGGGCGGCGGGGCCGCCGCUAGUUGCUCUUCGAGCAAAGUCAACACCGCGGCGGCUGCAGCAGCAGCAGCCGAGAAGGAGGUUGCCACGAUGGCGGCGAUUGCCAAGGCUAUGCCUAGCGGUGGGGGGGGACGACACCGCCACGUCGAGGUCGAAUCGGAGAUGUCGGAGAUGAUGUCGUCAGCGCAGGCACCUCCGAGCGGUCAACAACGGGGCCGGGGUGGUGGUGUUGCUGUGGACGCGUUGCUGCAAGACGUUCGGAGCCUGGCGAGGAGGGUGGAGGCGGCCAGGUCAGCAAUGAGUCCGGAGCAGCUCGAAGAAGUCGGCGCGCUGUUGCAGAAAGCGGUGGAGAGCUGAGAGAAAGGAGGGGGAGGACGACCGCUCUGUCAUUUUUUUGUUCGUCCGUCCUUCAUCCCACCGCAUUCCAACACACCGGCGAAGAUGUUCUUUUGGUUCGCUCAACACUGCACGCCUUGUUGUGUGUUCCGUCCGAGUGAUGCCCAUCGGGAGUUGUCAUCAGCGUUCCCCCAAGUUUUUGUCCUCUCCUGUUGAGGUAUUAGUCGAUUUGACAUUGCUACUGCUUGGGUGUGUGGGUGCGUCUUGGCUCUUCCGGUGAUGUGACUUCUGAACUAGCGAUACAACGCCGAUAUGAAGUUUCGAAGCUAGUUCUUCGAGUCCGACUGAGUCUGUUUGUGCCAUCAUGACACCUCUUCUGUGCUGUCCGACUGCACCAUUUCGUCCUUCGAGCGUUCGCGUUGUACAUACACAUGCGUUGAGUAUAGGAUGAUUGAGAUUUUGAGCGUUGGAAACAAAUGUCUGUGCAAGUGUGCAUGAAGACCAAUACAGUAGGAGGAAGCGAUGGGGAAGGGGUGUCGUUCUCGUGUGUGACAGAGGCUAUAUGCCCCGAGAGACUCAUGACGCGAAAAAGCGUGCACAUGACGAAGAGAAAGUCGCAAAUAAAGAAAAAUAGAAUAUGUGUUUGAUUGAGAGUUAUGCUGAGAGCAGAGGUACGUAUGCAAGGUAGGAAAGGGGGGAACCUGACCCCUCCUACCGCUGUGUUUGGGUCUAUACGUGUGACGUGCGUGUGUCGUUUUUACCGUACUUGGGUGGCCUUCGCGGGCGAUGUGAUCUCAAGAGUUGUGUGGAACAGAAGCAGUACAGAUUAUUCUAGGAGGGGGGAGGUGCAGUCCACAGUCCACGCGCCGUCCCCUGGGUAGAAGUGGUGUUUGAUUUUGCGUUAUAUACGCGCCGUGAGGCAUGCUUGUGGAUUGUCACUUGUGCCCUCGCAACGAUAUUCAUCCGUGUCUGCCUCGGGAAUCCUCGUGAAUGUCAAGAUUUCGAGAGUCUUGCCUCGGAAAAAGUUCUCCAAAGUUCCCAGAUUUCUCUAGGAGGAUGCGUACUACGGUAGCUGUGUCCGUCAGGUUGUCGACUCGAUAACGCUGCCUCGAAUUUGUGCAACCCAAAAAAAAUUAUGAAGGGCGGCCGUAUCAUCCCGCCCUUUCCCCC